UGUCUCCAUCCUGUCCAGAUGUUUGCUAGCCAUGACACAAGAAAAUGGCACCAAGGUGACUGAAUUCUAUCUUCUGGGAUUUGGUGGACAACAAGAGUCCCAGGCUGUCCUCUUCCUUGCAUUUCUUAUCGUCUACAUGACAUCCAUGGCGGGUAAUACAGGGAUGAUCCUGCUCAUCAACACAGAUCCCAGACUGCAAACACCCAUGUACUUCUUCUUACAACAUCUGGCUUUCGUUGACAUCUGCUACACAUCUGCCAUCACUCCGAAGAUGCUCCAGAACUUCAUGGUGGAAAACAAAUCCAUAUCAUUUGGGGGAUGCCUGCUGCAGUUACUGGUGUACGCAACAUUUGCAACCACUGACUGCUACCUCCUGGCAGCAAUGGCCGUGGACCGUUACGUAGCCAUCUGUAAGCCACUUCACUACCCCGUAAUCAUGUCCCAAACACUCUGCAUUCAACUGGUAACUGGCUCAUAUCUCAUGGGAACAAUAAACGCCUCUGUACACACAGGAUUUGCAUUUUCCUUGUCCUUCUGCAAGUCCAACAUCAUUAAUCACUUUUUCUGUGAUCUUCCUCCUAUACUCUCGCUUUCCUGUUCAAAUAUUGACAUCAACAUUAAGCUACUUUUUGUCUUUGUGGGAUUUAACUUGACUUUCACUGUGUUGGUCGUGAUCGUCUCCUACAUCUACAUCACGGCUGCCAUCUUAAAGAUGUCCUCCGCUGCGGGGAGGAAGAAGACAUUUUCCACCUGUGCCUCCCACCUGACGGCUGUCACCAUUUUCUAUGGGACCCUCUCCUACAUGUACUUACUGCCUCCUUCUGAGCAUUCCCAGGAGAACAUGAAAGCGGCCUCCGUAUUCUAUGGCAUUAUCAUUCCCAUGUUGAACCCUCUGAUCUACAGCUUGAGAAACAAGGAGGUCAAAGAAGCUGUGAAAACAAUAGUAAAAAAGUUAUUUUGAUUACAUCAAAAUUGUGAAAAUUUGGCAUCAAGCAUUCAGUAGAGAACACAAUAUAAUGAUUGUAAAAUUAGCAGUAUUCAGCUUGUAAAUUAGGUCCCCCAAAUCAGUGGCUAAACAGUUGGCAUAUGAACCAUACUCUAAGACCUCUCCAGAGACUCAUUUUCCCUGGAAUAUAAUUUGAAAAAUAUAUAUAGCAUUCUCUGUGGAGAGGAUUAUAUGGCCAUUAUGAAAAUAUUAAGAAGCAUGUAAAAUCAUUGCACAAAAAUAGCCUAAAAUAAAUUAAUGACUUUAAAAAGCAUCCUGUGCCUCAAAAUCUCUACACAAGAGGGUC